UCCGCCGGGCAGGGCCGGGAGGGAGUGGGACAGAAUCUGGGAGUGCAUCGGGGAGGAGUUCUGGCUGGGCUGAGCGCAGGGAGCUGCUUGGCAGUGCCAGAGCCCAGGCCCCAGAGCCCCGCAGGAGAGGAAGUGGACCGAGAAGGCAGGCCCUGUGAGGCGUGAGGCAGUGAGAUGGCAGAUUCGUACACGGAGCUGGAGAAGGCGGUGGUCGUCCUGGUGGAAAACUUCUACAAAUACGUCUCCAAGCACAGCCUGGUCAAGAACAAGAUCAGCAAGAGCAGCUUCCGGAAGAUGCUUCAGAAAGAGCUCAACCAUAUGCUGACGGACACGGGGAACCGAAAGGCUGCUGACAAGCUCAUCCAGAACCUGGAUGCCAACCACGACGGACGCAUCAGCUUUGACGAGUACUGGACCUUGAUAGGCGGCAUCACUAGUCCUAUCGCCAACCUGCUCCGCCAGCAGGAGCAGCAGAGCAGCAGCUAGAAGCCCCCCGCCAUCCCUGCCCCCAUGCCCCCCACGCUCCCUCCCUAGGCUCCUCUGCCCACCAGGCCCCGUCCUCUCUUCUCCCUCUAGACCCUCUUCGGACCUUAGCCGAACAGGGUAAGGGGAAACGUCAGGGCCCCUCUGUGAGUGUCUCAGCCGGGGGCGCCUCCCUGUGGGUCUCCGUCCUUGGAGCCAGCGGACCCUGGGGCCCCUCUGUGACAAUGCUGUGUGGGGACCCAUGAGUUUCCCUACCUGCUCAGUCCGUCUACCCUGCUGACUUCCGAUGUUCCUGCCUGAUUCCGGGCUUCUCCCGACCUCAGCUUGCUGCUUCAGGCCUCCGGGUUCCUGGCAGCACCAGCAAGGACUUCUCUCUCGCUCUCCCCUCAGCUCCUCUGCUGGGUGGAGGAGACUUCCAGGGAUGGUCCUCCAGCUGCCUCUGGGUCUGGGAACAGGGUUGAGCCCCCUUCCUCCUCUUGAGCCACUGAAAUGGGAAAAAGGCUGGAUCUAGAGUUUUCCUCCCCCUCACCCAGUCCCUUUGUCAUGUUUAUUAAAGCCUUUCUAUUCCUUGGAAAAAAAAAAA